GAGAGAGAGAGAGAGAGAGAGAGAGAGAGAGAGACCCACACACACCACUGUCUCUCAGUUGCAACAGGUACACGCAGUAUAAUAAUCUCAUCAGAGAGAGCGCGAGGGAGAAGGGGAAAGAGAAGGAAGGAGAGGGACCAUCAAUUACACAGGCACUCGAGGAUACAGAUAACCUGCUCUAUGUGUGGCUCCUCUCAAGGCUUCACAGCCUCCUCUUCCUCCCAGAACAGCACAGCCAUGUUAACCUCAGAUGGCUCCCCCUUUCCCCACACCACAUCGGUCUCCACCCCCACCCUGACCAUGACCGACUCAAACCUCCAGGACAUAGACAUGACCCUCUGGAGUGAGGCCGAGUUCCAGGAGAGGUGCACCUACAUCUUGAAGGACCACCCGUGGCACCCGGGUAACCACCCAGAGAACCAGACCAAGGCUGAGAGGUCUCUACCCAGAAACUUGGUCCUGAAACGCUGCCCUGACUCUGCAGAGGUGCUUGGGGUGACCAGUCGGGAGCUCAUUCAGAAGGGUACACGGUUCGGCCCUCUGGUGGGCCAGACCUACAGCAAUGACAUGGUGCCCAAAGAUGCCAACAGGAAGUACUUCUGGAGAGUGUUCUCCGAGGGUCGGUUACAUCACAUCCUGGAUGGCUUGGACGAGGAGAAGAGCAACUGGAUGCGCUACGUCAACCCGGCCCGUUGUCACGGAGACCAGAACCUGGCGGCGUGCCAGACUGGCAUGGCCAUCUACUUCUACACGGUGAGAGCCGUGCCACCGGGCCAGGAGCUGCUGGUGUGGUACUGCCCGGAGUUCGCCCACCGUCUCAACUACCCGCCCCCCGGAGAGCUCUUCACGGAGAGAAUUGAGCAAAACAAUGUUCGUGGAAAGAAUUCAGGGAAGACGGGGCACAGCAUGUCUGAAAUCCUGAGGAUGGAGCACACCAAGCCCGACCCCACUUGCCCCCAACUCCCCGAAUCAGCACUGUCCUCAACCUGCAGCCCUGUCCUACCCCUGUGCCCCUCUGUGGUCUACUCCAGCUACCCACCCAUCCAGUACUGUGGCCCCCCAAUCCCCAAAAGGUCCCUCAGCAGCCGUGUCAGCCCCCACAUGCACUUCCCUGUCAAGCCCAGCCUGGGCAUCCCCAUCACAGCCCAACAUUACACAGUGUCGUCAUUGCCAGGUCGCAUGUACCCCAGUUCACUGUGCAGUCCCUACCUCAUACCUCACUUCCCGCUUGGCAUUAACAGCCUACUACCUCACACAUACCCCCUGUACAGUGACAGAAUAGCUCCUCAUAUGCCAUUUCCACCUCACAUGCUGCCUUUUGAGGUGUACCCACACGUUCUGCGCCCAUCUGCCAAUGUACACAAAGAGCUCCUGCUUGCACUGACCACCACCCCAAAAAACCUCUCACUGCCCAAUGGCAGCAGAGAUCUGCCCCUCGCACAGACCAAAAGCAAAAAAGACCUCAAUUGUAUGCCGACCAAUGGGUGCAAACACCUUGGGGACCAUGUGCCUUCACCAAAGAAUUACCUUAAAAACCUACCUUUGACACCAAUGGACAAUUUCAGUGACCCCAAUCAUUCAUCUGCCAGCAGCACCUUCGAUGACCAGCCUCUACCAGCUACCUCUUCAAUGGCAAACUGCCUCGCACCCAGGGGAGGCUCACCGCUGGCGGGCCUGCCCGCCUCUUCUGACUACCUCCCCUCCAAGCGCACAUCCGCCCUCCUGAGCUCCAGCCACAGUGCAGAGGAAGGGGCAGUGGACCUGCGGAAGGCCAGGCAUGGUGGACGGGUCAUCGGGUACAAGACCCUGUCCUACCCGCUCACACGGAAGAAUGGGAAGAUCCGGUACGAGUGCAACAUCUGCAGCAAGCUCUUCGGUCAGCUAUCCAACCUCAAGGUCCACCUGCGCGUCCACAGUGGAGAGCGGCCCUUCAGGUGUCAGACCUGCAGUAAGGACUUCACCCAGCUGGCCCACCUGCAGAAACACUUCCUGGUUCACACUGGGGAGAAGCCACACGAAUGCCAGGUGUGCCGCAAGCGUUUUAGCAGCACCAGCAACCUCAAGACCCAUCUGCGUCUCCACUCAGGUGAGAAGCCCUAUCAGUGUAAGCUGUGCUUGGCCCGCUUCACCCAGUAUGCCCACCUCAAGCUCCACAAGCGCCUGCACACUGGCGAGCGCCCCUACCACUGCCCACACUGCCUAUGCGCCUACCUCAAUUACUGCAGCCUCCAGGUGCACCUCCAGGGUUUCUGCCCCUCAGGAGCCGACCCCUCAGGCCCUGUUCCCUCUGUUGAGGAGUUGCACCGUGUCAAUGCGGCGAUUGAGCAGUUCGACCUGAGCAAGGCUGCGGAACGCCUGGAGGCAAUGGCAGCGGGAGCUGAGGCGGAGAAAGGGGAACAGCAGCACUAGCGUCCUGCUGCAGGAGAUGGAGUUGGGGCGGAAGAGCUCCAACCAUUUUAACGGCGCCAAUGGGAAUAUGUCACUAGUCGAGCAUGGCCUACUAUGCAGCAGCGAGGGAAUCCUCUGUCCUUAGGUUGCAGUAUCACAGCCGACCUCUACCUCUGCAUCCUGGCUAUGUCAAACAGGAGUCGGGUCAUGUGACAGUCCACUAAUACCCUUUUCAAACUACUGAGCCGAGGUAAGCCAUGGCAAAACGUGUUGUACUGCACUGGCCUGGUUAUGCAUCCACAUACAAUGUAUAGUGUUUGCAAUGUACUGGAAAGGACCAUGUGAAAAUGAAAUAUCCAAGCCAGCACAGUACAGCUUGAUUCAGUAAUGAUAGUGUGGAAAGAGUAUAAGAGACAGCGUACUGAUAAUCCAUCAGGGUGACAGUGGCCUGAUAGUGACCUUUACUGUUUGAAGCAAGGCUUUGUCUCUAUUACAGGGAUUUUUACUCUCAGGGCAAUGUGAAGAGCAGUGGAGGCUGCUGAGGGGAGGACUGCUCAUACAAAUGACUGCAACAGAGCGAAUAGAAUAGCAAACACAUGGAAACCAUGUGUUUAAUGUAUUUGAUAUCAUUCCACAAAUUCCGCUCCAGCCAUUACCACAAGACCGUCCUCCCCAAUUAAGCUUACACCAUCCUCUUGUGGUGAAUAAGUGGGAUUUUACUAGGAGAACAUUAUUAUCAGAGAAUAUAAACAUUGUAUUGUACCUAUGAUAUCCUCAGCCUUAUUAUUAAUUUAUUAUGCAGUUUUUUGUAACCUGAGGAAGCCACAAAGACAGAGACUUGUGAUCAAAUGUUUAUAACAGAGUUUUAUUUCCUACUAUCUGUUCUUGUCAUUUCUUAUUUCUUGAUGAUGUGGGGCAAUAAUUGAAAAUAAACAAUUCAUGCAUA